GCUCGCUCUCUCACUCACCCACACACACACACUCACACACACACACACACACGCACGCACGCGCGCGAGCGCUCCUAAGGACUACGGACGCAUUUCCUUCAUCUACACCACACAGCGAUAUGUCUGUAUGUCAGUGUUCAUGGCAUGUGAUGCUCGGAGACGCAGAUAAACAGCAUGGCUUGGCGAUGCUGGCUCGGGGCUUGCAGUGUUAGCCCACCUUGGCUGAGUGGGAGAGCUGCAGAGAUGGAAAUGGACGGAUGAUGAUGAUGAUGAUGAUGAUGCUCCUUUCUCUCCUUUAGGUUUUCUUUUAGCGAACACAAGACGAUGGGAACUACACAGAGAAAACUUUUCAACACAUUUCCAAGACAGGACCAAACGAAGAUUCAAAUGUGUUUGACUCUUCAUUGCUAUACUUCGCUUUGUUACUGUUGAAAAAAAAAAAAAAGCAUUGAUCGAAGCACCUGCUUUGCAAAAUCCUUUCUGAAUGACUGCAAUACUACCAGGCCAGAGUAUGCCAUCUGCACCUACACACAGGAUCCUGCGACCCCUCAUGCUUGGCACCUUCUUAUUGGGCUGUUUUGUGACUCUGUUUUUGAUGUACCUCAAGCCGUCCACUAGCUGGUUAUCGGGCCCUGUAGAAUCAGAAACAUCCACGGCUCGAGUAAAGAGCCUCCUGUCCAACAGAAGUGAGCAGAACCAGACCACGGUGCUCGUCUGGCUCUGGCCGUUUGGGGAAACUUACGACCUGAACGUGUGCAGCUCCCUGUUUAGUAUAGACAACUGUUUUAUAACUGCCGAUCGCAACCUUUAUAACAAAUCCGAUGCAGUCGUCAUCCACCACAGAGAUAUUAGCACCGAUCUAUCCAACAUGCCACCAGCGUAUCGGCCUCCUCUUCAGAAAUGGAUUUGGAUGAACCUCGAGUCACCAUCACAUUCAUCCCAGUUACCUGGCAUCGAGAACCUGUUCAACCUGACCCUGAAUUACCGUCAGGACGCUGAUAUUGAAGUGCCUUACGGCGCCAUUGUUGCCUCCCAAGGCGAGGAAGGCUUUGUACCCCCGAGCAAGAACAAGCUGAUCUGCUGGAUUGUGAGCAACUGGAACCCGGAUCAUGUGCGAGUGAAGUACUACAAUGAAUUGUACAAGCACGUGGAGAUCCACGCUUACGGCCAAGCGUUCGGCGAGUACAUAUCGGACCAGGACUACUUCCCUACCAUUGCCAGCUGCAAAUUCUACUUGGCAUUUGAGAACUCGAUUCACAAGGACUACAUCACGGAGAAACUGUACAACCCACUCUCAGUUGGUACGGUGCCAGUAGUUUUGGGCCCACCGAGGGAGAAUUAUCAAAAUUUUGUCGAGGGUGAUGCUUUCAUCCACGUCGACGACUUCUCCUCCCCAAAAGAUCUGGCUGCAUACCUUUUAUUACUGGACAAGAGCGAGGAACUUUACUUGAGGUACUUUGACUGGCGUAAACACUUUAAGGUAAAGAAAGCCUAUUUCUGGGCUGAACACACUUGUCUUGCAUGUGAUUAUGUCAGAAGACACAAUGAGUACAAGGCAUUUAAUAAUCUUGACAAAUGGUACUGGGGUUAAUCUGGAUAUGUGCUGAUUGGCUGCAAACGAUGUAAAAGGUUGAUACCAUAUUUUCCAGGUUAUAAGACACAUUUUUACCCCCUUUAUGAUGUAAGACUAGUACAACAAACUGCCAUGCAUGUUAAUAUUUUUGAACAUGCCCAUUUGGGAAUGCUUCUAUUUUUAAGCCGUUAUCCUCCAAACUUCUAUUCUCGAACCUGUCACAUUCCCAGUGUUACCCUAGAGAUGGACCUAAGGAUGGACAAAAGUCUGUUUUACAUUGUGCAAGUUUAAUUGGUCCAAAUACGGAGUGUCUAUAACAGGUUAUUACCAGUCUGUUAAUUUUUUUAUGGUUGAAAGAUUAGAUUCAAAACCAAAGAAACACCAAACACAGUCAUCGUUUGGUGUGACUGGGUAAAGCAGAUGGUGCUUUAAUUUUGUAAAUGUAGUGCAUGUUAUUUAAUCCCACUGCCAACUGCACUACACAUACCAACUGUUGAGGGAUAAUUAACUUUUACCUUGUGGAUAAACAUAUCUUCAGAAAAGAAAGAAAUUUACCUGGUUGGAAUACUUAAACAGCCAAACCACUGGCCAGUUACUUUCUUGGUUAUCAAUUGCUUAAUAUAAUAUUUUCCCAAGCAGCAGAUUCAGUGCCAUUGUGUCCAUUGUGUCACACGCCGUCACAUGUUGUUGAUGAAUCACUGUAGCACUGUUGCAAUAAAAUAUGACCUGUAGCACUGAUAUUACAGAUAUUAUUGACGUCAUGUUGUACAAUAUAAGAAACUUUAACAUACACCUACUGUAUAGAACCUCUGAUACUUCACAAUAUAAAGCAGACUUAAGGGAUAUUUUGAGGCAGUACUGAGGUGGGGAUUAAGAUCAGGGCUAAAGCAAACAGCUGAUCUCAAGCAAUGCAAAAAAUAACCUUGUUUAAUAUGAGCACCAGGGGGGCACGGUGGCUUAGUGUUUAGCACGUUCGCCUCACACCUCCAGGGUUGGGGGUUCGAUUCCCGCCUCCGCCUUGUGUGUGUGGAGUUUGCAUGUUCUCCGCGUGCCUCGGGGGUUUCCUCCGGGUACUCCGGUUUCCUCCCCCGGUCCAAAGACAUGCAUGGUAGGUUGAUUGGCAUCUCUGGAAAAUUGUCCAUAGUGUGUGAGUGCGUGAGUGAAUGAGAGUGUGUGUGUGCCCUGCGAUGGGUUGGCACUCCGUCCAGGGUGUAUCCUGCCUUGAUGCCCAAAGACGCCCAAGAUAGGCACAGGCUCCCCGUGACCCGAGGUAGUUCAGACAAGCGGUAGAAGAUGAAUGAAUAUGAGCACCAUUUCAGAGGAAAUGCAUUUCAAAAAUAUCCAGUUAAACUGGUUGCUAACACGGUGAAGCAUACAGAAUUUUAGGGACGCGUCUCAUACUUCAGUGGAAUUUAUUGCCUGGAAAAUAUGGUAAAUUAAAACGUACAAGGAUCAGCGUUAUCUGCUUAGACUGCUCUGGUUUAUUUUUGUAAAAAUGAAGCGGAUAUUACUUUAUUUUGAUAGUCAUGCUGUGCACUUUCCUUUAUUUAUUCAUUUGAAUGCAGAGAACAUAUUUUUUAUUAUGUGGUAACCUUUCGUGACUGUUUUGGUUCCUUAAUGCCUUGUUUAUCAUAUGUCGAUGAUGAUUUUUUUAUUUAUUAUUUUUGUUUAAACAAAUUGUCAUUCCGUGUUCACAUCCGGUUGACUGAAUGACUCCAAGAGAGAACAUAAGUGUUGAACAGGAACUAUUCAAACUGCAGAUUAUUUAUUUCACUGUAAUAUAGUGUAGGUGUGGUAUUUGUCAAGUAUGAAGUGUUUACAGAUGUGUGUUGUCCAUUGAUGUGAUUAGUGUAGUGUCUGAAUUAGAUUUUUUUUUCCCUUUGGAUGUUACUUGCACAGUCAUGGAAGUGUAACGAUCUUGCUAAAGCAUCGGUGCGCUGUUAUUAUUCAUUAAUCAGCCACAAUGUGCGCUUUUAUCACCAGCACUAGUGCUGUGCAAUCCUAACAAUGUACGUAAAAACACACGACACGUCAUCGUACGUCAGAAACGUACGUGUUGGGAGAGUUAAUAGUGUAACAACAAGCGAAGACAAGAUCACAGGUUUUACUGUCAUCCUACAAACUAGAGCUUCAUCAAUACUGAUUCUGUCAUUUCUCAUACCGUACUACACGUGGUUGCGCUAAAGAACAAGCAAUAGUUAACAAAUAAAGAUCAAAGCAAAACUUUGCAAAAAAUAUCAAGAAAAUAUCUAGAGGUGAAACUGCAGAAUCUUGUUACAAUACAAGUGACCUGAUAAACAUAUUAAGCACAAGGAGUUUAUUGCUAGCAGCACACAUCAACAGGAAAGGUAGCUAGCGCAAGAAAAAUAAAUAAAAGUUGUCCGUAAAUCGAGAGCUGUAGAGGUUUUUUGGAAUCGAAACAAAACCCGUCGUUCUUCAUCGCAACCCUAUUCGAUCUAGUUACUAGUUCAUAAACUUCAUAUUAGCUUGCUACGUUUUUACUUCAUUUCAAAUCAGUUAGCUAGCGACAUAAAGUGAAAUUGAUGCGGCGUAACUGCACAAAAAAUCACAGGAGUCAUAUUCUGAGUUCUGCGUUACGCUAUAUAUCAGUGAUUGGUUGAAAAUGAACGAACAAAAGGAGUUCUUAUUAAAAAAAAAAAAGUCGACAUUAAAUACCAUCUAAAGGCGACAUUUUUGUUUAGAUGUUAUUUGUAACUCGUUUAAAUGGCUGUUCGUAUUUCCUGCAAUCGGAUGUGCAGCUAUUCCACGAUGCAAACAGCAAACGAAUGUGGCUUUAACCUCUACAGACUUAUCAACUUUGUGUCCUUCUUUCCAUUUUAAAGCGUGUAAAUAUUUCAUCUGUUCGGGCCGGGGAAAAAAAAAAAAAGGUCUCAUCCACUAGAACAAUAUGCAUUUAUUUCUUUAGUCGCUAGACCAAGAAUAAAUCAAUAAACUGCUCACGUUUCUAUUCGGUUAGAAAUUCGAAUGCCAGAGGAAUUGACCUUACUGAGAGGGAUGAAUAAUAUUUCUAGAUUUCAGUUACAGAAUUCUAUCUAUUUUCUCUCAUAAACAAUGAAUUUAGUACUAAAAUCUAGCAAAAGCUAAAUCCAGUGAAAGGAAUGCAUUGCCAAAUUAUAUGCGCUGGUAUAUCAUAAUUCUUUUGUAGCAUUUUAAUUCAUUUUUUUUACAUGGUACAUGAUCACACCACUCCAUUAUGGCACUCUGGUGCUUUUAUUUUGGACUAGCAGAGUGAAAAAAAAUCAAGAGCACAAGUCUAUUAUGCAAAUGUAUGCAUGUGUGUUGGAUUGCACAUUACUCACACACAUUCGUAAGAGAUUAGGAUACGAGGCCCUGUGUUCUGCGGGGGACGUUAAUGAGAAAGUCAAUGGACUUUUAUUUUAGAUAUUGUUCUUAUGAAGAGUGAAAUGUAGCUCGAGACUGCUCUAUUCAAUUCAUAGACACUAGCUUAGCAAACGUGUUCAGUGCCAAAGCUUUUCUUUUCAUUGUUUGUUUUUCAAUGAUCUUCUUGUACUGUGAAAGGCUUUUUUUUUUUUUUUUUUUUGGAUAAUCUUAAAAGUAAUGUAUGAUAAAUUUACAAAGGGAUAUCAUAAGAAUUCACACACCUUUCUAAGGUGCUGUGCUUUGAUUUCUUCUGCUAUUUUUAGCUCAAUGCUAAUGGGGAGAUUCCAUGAUUGCUUUUCAUAACAAAACAUGCAUUCAAACAUUCAAAAAACAAGUUUUAACCCGACUUAAAAAAAAAAAAAAAAACUAUUCUGACUUUUCUGACUGUUUUUACAUGGAUGUGUUACAGAAUUGGCAAAAUAUGUGUAACUAGCGUCCAUUAACAUUAAGGAGUAUAAGGUUUAGUGAAUCUUUUUUUAUUAUUAUUAUUUAUGAAUUUGUUUUAAUCCCUAAUCUGUGUAGUGGGAUUAAACUUUUCAGUUAACAUCAGACAAUUAUCAAAAAAAUGAAUUAAGAAAAAUUAGACUUUAAAUAAUUAACUUAAAAUAAUUGGGAAAUAAUUAUUAAAAAAUAGAAAGAAAAAAUUAUAUUUGUAGGGAAAGUGUAGAUGUGGUGGUAAAUGGACAAAUUACAAUUUUAUUUGCCUGAGAUUGAUAAAAAUAUAGUUUUGUUAGACUUGGCUAGGCAAUAAUGUAGUUUUAUUGGGCUGAGAUUGGUAAAAAUACAGUUUGUUCUCCCCGUGCCUCGGGGGUUUCCUCCGGGUACUCCGGUUUCCUCCCCCGGUCCAAAGACAUGCAUGGUAGGUUGAUUGGCAUCUCUGGAAAAUUGUCCGUAGUGUGUGAUUGUGUGAGUGAAUGAGUGUGUGUGUGUGUGUGUGUGUGCCCUGUGAUGGGUUGGCACUCCGUCCAGGGUGUAUCUUGCCUUGAUGCGCGAUGACGCCUGAGAUAGGCACAGGCUCCCCGUGACCUGAGAUAGUUCGGAUAAGCCGUAGAAAAUGAGAGAGAGAGAGAGAGAGUGAGUGAGUGAGUGAGUGAGUGAGUGAGAUGGACAACAGUACAGUUUUGUUUGGUUAGAUUGGGCAAGAAUACAGUUUUUCUAGAUUGGGAUAAACAAAUUACACGUUUGCUUUGCUGAGAUUAAGCUAGGAUUUACACCAAGACAGUUUGGUUGGGUUGGAAUAGUAAAAACUGCUAUUUUGUUGGGCUCGGUUGGUCAACAGUACAGUUUUGCUGUGAUGUGAUCGGAGUCUGAAUGAUGUUUUGUAAGUUCUAUUUGCUGUAAAGGAAACUUUACCUGUGUCUGAAUUUAACAUCAUUGGAACAUAAAAUGCAGUCAUGGAAUCACCCAUAAACACAUUAACCACAAAGAGCCAGAGAUCUAGUGCAGGCCAACGUUAAGGUACAGAGUGAAGACCCACAUGUUUUGGAUUCCCGUUUUAUUACAUAAAUGCAUUAAUGUGCUCUAUUAUUGCUGUUUCUUUACUUUCCUCAAGCUGAUGCUAUUUAACAGUGCAGUUGCUUAUGGUGUCUGUGUUGUGUCUGUAUUUUAUGAUAUAAUGUUGAUUCAAUGCAAGACCUUUUUUGGAGAAAAGGUGUCACUUCUCUCUCUCUCUCUCUCACACACACACACACACUCACAAACGACACAAGUUUUUUUGAUCAAUCUGUAAAGUUUGCUCACUGAAAAGCAGCUUUGUUCUCAUCAUGGACACCAUGACGUGUGAGGAGAUCGAAACUACAACUGCUGGAUGCUUUAAGCACAAACCCAAGCACUGACAAACAGGAAAUGGCAAAUUUCGAUCGUGAAAGCUGAUUAUCAGGACAUCCUUGCGAGCAAAACAAUAAUCCCGAGUAAAAUGUGAACGGAUUCCGGACAGUCUUUAUUUAUUACUGCACAGCGUUUUGUGCUUGAACUCUGACUCAAAGGAAGUCUUUAGAGGUGACGUGAACAGAAGUGAAAAAAAAAAACCACAACAACUUUUAUACCUGGUCUUGUGUUUGAAUACAAACUCUACAGUAUGUGAAAAAGGAUGUUAUUGCUUUUCCACUGGAUCGUCCUGCUUUCUUUUUUCUCCGCAAUCUAUCUAGUUCUCUCUGUGAGGUCUUGGUUCCCUUUAACAAACUGUCUUUACAUUCAGGGUGUUCAUAUAUUUGUUUGUGUGCGUGUGUGUGUUUCUCCAACCGAGCACCAAUGCUGCAUCAUAUACAACAUACAGAGCGUUUCUCUAUGCAUUAUGCAUUUGACAUGUGCAACUGGAUGAAUUUUCUGAACCAAUCAUGGCAAGAAAUUUUACCAAAACAUUAUUUGCCAAAUGAUUUAGAUGUCUGAUGUAUGUAGUGUCCUGAAAAUAAAUUGUCUGAUUUAAAGUAAA